CCAUAAUGCUUUGAUCACGUGACACCAAGAGGACUUCCACGUGACAAGAUAUCUUCAGCUGGAAUUCUGCAUGAAGUUCCGUGUACACAAACAUCUGGUCUAAGAUAGUUUAUGUCAUUUCAGAAAAAAAUGUCAAUGUCUGAAGAAUAUCUUCCAUUUAGACUCGGCGAACCUCGUUUCGAUCAGAGUACAUUUUAUGGCCGGUUGAGACACUUCCUGAAUGUGAUUGACCCACGCACCUUGUUUGUGUCUGAGAGUCGUCUGAAUGCAAGUGUGAGAAUGUUGGAGCAGUUUAAGAAUGGCUCUCUCCCUCCAGGUGUGACUGAUGUUCAGCUGUGGGAAGCCCAGAAAAUAAAGCAGGCCAUCAUCCAUCCAGACACUGGAGAGAAAAUCUUCAUGCCCUUUCGGAUGUCAGGUUAUAUUCCCUUUGGCACUCCAGUGGUAGUUGGGCUGCUCCUUCCCAAUCAGACUCUCUUAUCCACGGUUUUCUGGCAGUGGUUGAACCAGAGUCACAACGCCUGUGUCAACUUCAGCAACCGAAAUGCCUCUCAGCCAACAUCAGGAUCAAAGUUUUUUCAAGGCUACCUGGGAGCGGUGACCAGUGCAGUUUCUAUUGCUGUGGGGCUAAGCGUGUUCGUGCAGAAAGCAGAGAGGUUCAGUCCGGCCACUCGUCUCCUUGUGCAGAGGUUCAUUCCCUUUCCUGCAGUAGCCAGUGCCAACGUGUGUAAUGUAGUCCUGAUGAGGUACUCGGAGCUGACGGAAGGCAUCAGUGUGCACGAUGACCAGGGCACAGUUGUGGGCACCUCACAAGUAGCAGCUAGACACGCAAUCUUGGAGACUGCCAUGACACGAGUGGUCCUCCCGAUGCCCAUUCUGGUCCUGCCCCCCAUUGUUAUGGCUUUUUUGGAGAGGUUGUCUUUGCUGCAGAGACACAAGCGCCUGGUCUUGCCGGUGCAUAGCCUGGUGUGUCUCGCUGCUUUCAGCUUGGCCCUGCCCCUCGCCAUCAGUCUGUUCCCUCAGCAGUCCCAGAUCCACGUGUCUCUACUUGAGCCAGAAAUUGCUGCAGCCACAGACUGCAAGAUCGUGACUUAUAACAAGGGUCUUUAAUUAGUCAGUGCUCUGAGUUGGUCAAGAAUCUCUCCCAAAAGAGUCUCUCAGCGUCUAAAAUAGAGCUGAAGCAUUGCUGAAUGUAACAUAUACACGCAGAUGCACACGCACACACACACACACACGCACACAAACACACACACACACACACACACACACAUACACACACACACAUUUUCAAGCAUAAUCUGCAAACAAACAUAUAGCAACUCUACUCAUCAUUCAUAACCAAAUCGCCAUCGUAUCAGACACCCACUCAAACACACACACACACAAACACAAACAUACACGCACACACUCAAACACAC